UUGAAAUCAAAAGAAAUUUUGUCACACUUAGUAACAAUUUAAAGUGUUUAGCAAAGUUUUAUCAUGCUUUUCAAGUUGAAUUGUGAUGGAUAUUCCUUUGUAUAAUAUACAGGCCAGAUUUAUUGGAUUCAAGUGAAACCAAUAAUUCCCAAAUUUAUAGGAGUUAUCUAACAUUGCAGAGGAUUGGGAGUCGUUACUUAGUGAAAACUGACAGUCUAUCAACCUUGUAAAAGCCAUAAACGAGCCCCACAAAUAAAUAUACAUAAAUUUGUAAUUAUAAAUAAACACAGCAAAGACAAAUAAAAACAUUUCCAUUGGCUCUUUAUACUAUUGUCAGGGGCCAGAAAUAGAGUCCAUUAAAGGAAAGUGCUGAAAACGUAGGUUUUUUAUGUGGCCCUUACUUGACUAGCUGUGUCUAUUUUUAGCAUCGGCUUAUGAUCUUUUACACUUUCUGUGACAGUCAAUACUAACCCUAACAUGACACACAGCGACAAUUUAUACGACAGAACCUUAUCAAAUCUUGGUGUCACUUUUCAUGUCACUUUGCAUUCUCACUAGGGAUUUUUAUUCUCUAUGUAUAUUUUUUUUUUCUCCGACUCCCCCCACAUAUACCGCCAAAGACGUCUUUUGCAUUUCCGCUUGCAUUUUUGACUGCAUGAAAUGUGAUGAUUGAACCAAUUUUUCAGGAGUGAAAUUUCUGUGAAUCUGAUAUUUUGGUUUGGAGUAUACGUAAAUCUUUCUUACAAUAACAGCAACUUUGAUUAUAUACACUCUGUUUUGUGAAUAUUUGGACUACUUUUUACUUUUUCACCAAUUUUAUGGACACACAGUGGUACACCACUGGAUGAGUUGCUCGACUCCUGAAACGGAUUCUUUAUAAAGCCUUGCGCUGGAAACUUUAAAACAAAAGGGGAUAAAUUUUCUAUGGAUGAAGAAAUGAAGCAACACUUGGAGAAUGCAGUGGAUUCAAUUUAUCCGGAAUGGAUGAAAAAGAUUAAAGUCUAAGAGGGAUCUUGCCUGUCCCAGCUGAUCACUAUGGCCGAGGUGGACUAACUACAAUGGAUUUGCCUGACAAUUUGUUUCCAUUUGAUCUAAAUACUCUGCCAACGACUCUCAACACCACUGUGAUCCCUUACAACAUUAACACCACCGGCCUCUACACUGAAUUCCUCAACAUCAUCAACUCAACCACAUGGGCAAACCUACAGCCACAAAACAUCCACGAAAGAGCAGACGACAUCUUCAACCAACCGGAGAACAUCAUCACCUUGAUCCUGUGCUUCCUGGCGCUGGCGGUGAACAUUUUGUCUAUUGCAGCCACCGCACACAUCCCCCACGGACUGACCCACCACUCGAAGCUGAUCAUCAGCCUCGCGGUGUCCGACAUCCUAGUCACACUUAGUGUUUUCAUGCAUAUUUUGAUCAAGGUCCUGGUGGCGCCGGUCAUCCCGCCAACCAUGGACAAGAUGGAAGAGAGACUGACCUCAGCGUGCAUGUUUCAGUUCGUGAACUCGAUCAAUAUCACGGCCCAUCUGAUCUCCCUGCUCAACCUUUAUGCCAUGGCUCUUGACCACUACAUCUCUGUCAUGCAGCCACUACACUACUACCACAUCAUGAACGAUUUCCGUGGGAACCUGAUGAUCACAAUUCUCUGGGUCAUUGCAGUGAUUGGGGGCUUCUCCAAUUUUUUCGCUGGAUUUGGCAAAACCCAAAAAGACAGUUUUGUGAAUUUCUGUGAGUAUACACUUUACACAGAGUAUCAGGCGGAGUACAUUGUUAUAAUAAUGGCCCUGAUCUGCCUGGUUUCGAUUCUGGUGAUCUACAUUCGCAUAUAUCGUGAAGUCAAGCAAAUCAAUGCAAAAUGUGUUACUCUUCUUAAAGAUGGCUUGCACAAUAAGAAGGCAUUCAGAACCACUUUGUUAAUCAUAGGAACGUUCGUGGUGUGUUGGCUGCCUAGUAUGACAUUUCAGAUAGCCAUGAUUAUCCAAGUUCACGUGAACACAGAAUCGGUCCGUAAACUCUUUAGCACCCUGAUUCGGGCCAAUAAAUACCUCUAUGCACUGCUACUAGUGAACUCUCUUUGUGAUCCUAUCAUCUACGCUGUGCGACUCAAGGAAGUGCAGCACGGAUACUUCAGACUGUUAUCCCGCUGUUCCAAAUUCUAUCGGGAGAAAGUGAAGGAAGAAAUUUACAAUCAGUCCCGUGCUGCCUUGAGCACAAGAAGGCGUUCUACAGAAUGCACAAUCAAAAUACUCCUCACAGACUGCAACUGGAACCAAUCGUCUUCCGGUCUCCAUAGAGAUGCAUCUGCUUCUCUGUUAUGUGAGUCCAGGAGUGUCAGUGAUCAGCUUUCUCCCAGACAAACUAAAAGCAUGAAUUUUAAGGAGGGGGCUUUAAGGCAAGAAAAUAAUGAACUUCUCCCUCUAUUCUCAAAUGAUUCGGAAUCUGUUGUGGAUGUGACAAGCAAUGAACAGGCUUCGCUAUCUCUGUGUACACCAAACGGUUGCGCAGAUCAAACAAUGAACUCUACCAAAAGUGAUAUUAGUACUGUGACUUUAGAGAAUGGAGAGAUUCAGGUUGAAAUGAGUGUUUAAAAGAUUAUAGUAUUGAUUUGAUAUUUUUAAAAAAAAUCUAGGGAAGGGCUAGGUUUUACUAGUACUAUUUCCAUGAAAUUAUCUAUUUGUCAUAAGAACAAUAAAAUGGGUCUCUAUAUUUUUCAAUUAGUACGAUUAUUCAGACACAGGAGAAUUAUUUCAUUAUUUAUACUACAAUUUCAAAUUUAUAUUUAUUUUCUUUAUAUAUUCUGGUAACAUUCGGGUGACUUUAGUUAGAGAGUUUAACAGCUAAGCAAAGCUAUUGAUUAUAUAUAUGAACAUGUAGAUACAGAAAUUUCUCAUCACACAACAACAAUUUUUUCAAGUUUAGGUAGCUGAGCUUUAUCUUCCAAUAAGUCCAGCACACUACAUCUGUAUUAGUCAAACAGGGUGAUUCCAACUAUUGUGAUAUUUUUUCAUGUUCUAGUUAAUGCCAAUCUGUGAGUGACAGUGGUUUCAUCAGUAUUCGUUGAAUACCAAUUUUCGUGGAUUUCGUUGUUAAGUUGAUCCACGAAAUUAAAUGUUUAUCGAAGUUCAAUUUCAACUAACAUUUUGUAUUGAUAGAAUCAUUGGCCAUGAAUUACGUAUCCUUGAAACUGUAGAUUUCAGAAAAUCGAUGAAAAUUGAUACCCACGAAAAUUAAUGAAACCACAAUAUAUCUCUAUGUUCUGUUCUUAAGUCCUCAAUUUUAUAAACAUUCUUCCUUUUAAAGUGGUUCUGGUGGUUGUGACCAUUUCCAUCUUUAUUUACCACUUUUAGACAAAGAUAUAGAAAAAUGUUCACUACUUUUAGACAAAGAAAUCUGUAUAGAGAUAUAGAAAAAUGUUCAUCCAAAUUUUCAGCUAAUAUAUUUGGAUUUUUUUUUUUACUGAAUAAUAAUCCAUGGCCAAACAUUCCAUAUUUAAAAAGUUUAAGGUAGAUCUGAUGGUUGAUUUAUUGACCACCCAACCUCCUUAAAAGUUCAAAGCCCUUUUAAAAAAGGGACUUAACUCUUGGAGGAUAAUUUAUCUUUAUAUCUAUUUUUCUUGAAUAGAUAAACUGAAUAAAUUUCAAAAACUCUAUUGACUCAUUUUUUUUUUUAUAUCAUGUAUAGUGUGUCACUGCUGUCAACAAACAAUAUUAAAUUUUGUAUAUUGUAAAGAAUAUUUGAAAAUCUGCAAGGGCUACUUCUAACAAAUAUAUGCGAGUAAUAACUCUGCGAGUAAUAAUAAGGCUUCUAAAGAACACAUUUUCACAAUUGCAUUUCUAGAGUGUCAAAAGUUUACAGCUGUCAAAAAAAUUAAAAGCAUUUUAUAUCUGGAAAUCUACGAGGAAUGCAUCUCACAAUUGUACACUGAUAAUAAUAAUUUUGUGAGUUUAAGAUUUUAGGGUACACAUUUUGAUAUGAUCCUCUCUGACAUUAAGCUGAAUGUAUCUGGGCUGUACCCCCACGAAAACACCACCAGAAAUGACGCACAAGCUGACACUAGGCCGACCUAUCAGACACGGACCAGAGACUUGUCAGGUCCCUCAUCUCUUUCGUAUUGCAUGAAAUCACGUGUCUUACCAGAUCCCUCCCUAGCAGGUGUCACAUACACAGACAGACGGACGGACGGACAGACAGACUGAUAGAUAGAUAAACAGACCGACCGACCGAUCAAUCGAUCGAUAGAUAGAGACUUUAUAAAUCUCCCUAAGGAGGAGACUUAUGUGUAAAAAAUAUAGGAAAAUAUUCAAAUUUUAAAGCUGAAAUAUACAACUUGUUCUUUUCUAUAUGGUAGUCUCCUUAAAUGCAUGUAUUCAAUGACAUAUAAAAAGGUAAAAACCCCAUAUUUUUUUUUUCUCCAGCAAUAAGUAAUUCAAAUUGAAUAAAUAUAAAUAGCAGGCUUUUGUUUGAACUAUCUGAAAAUUAACGACAAUUUUCUAUUCUAACAAUGUUCAAACAACAUAUAAAUGGUUUAUAUAUCUGACCGAAUGUAUAAGUUCAGUUCAGGUUGAUCAUUAACCAUCAGAUAACGAUUAAAUGUUUCAGCUAUUUAUAAUGACAAUUGUCCAAUAGGGUCCAAUUUUAUGAUUAAUUUCAACGGAGUGUGUUGCAGGAUGAACAAACCAUUAUCUAGUCUGUUUGAGACACCAAGCAUCCGAUUGUAAAGACAUCAGAGACCUGUUCAACAGAGCGAGCACUCACAAGCGCUUGCCAUUUCAGUUGCAGGUAUAGGUAAUUUUGGUGAAGGCUCGCCAGCGCUCCCUCUGUUGAACAUGCCUCAUCAGUUGGCUAAUGUGUUUGUCCAAAAACUGGGCCAAGGGGGUUUGUAAUCAAUUGUACACCCAGGUCUUAAAAGGAAGUGUCUUUACAAUUAUACUUACUCUAUAACUGACCAGUGAGUAUUAAAUUAAGUCAUUUUUCACUAAACGCAGUGGACCUAAUUCAUUUCUACAAUGGAUUUUUUAUUCAAAGUUGUAUAUAAUG